AGUCCAAUCGGACGCAAUGGUGACUGACUGUUCAACCCUCCUAAUUCCCUAGCCGAACGGUCCGUUCCGCUGUCAACCGAAUGCAACCUCCAUAUCAGAGAUACGAAAUUGCGAAGGUUGAGGACUGUUGCUAUCAACAAGUUUAGGUCCCGGUUCAUUACCCUCUGCUGACGUACCCCGAACCCUCCUAGUCCGCCAUUUGGGCACGGACUUAGCUGUCUAAUUGCAGCUUACCGAGUUGGAUCCCGUUGCCAACCGGAACUUGCAUGUGAGAUACCACCCUCCAGCCUCCCCACUCCCUAACCUCGCCCCUUUUCGCUGGACUGCCCCAAGAGAACAUCUAAACUGACCUUUUCUUGCUUAAGCCUCGUGCUCUUUUUUUCCCUAUUCAUUGCUCCUCCCUCUUCCUGCUCUAGGUCUCCCAGCAUGUUUGUUCUGCGUUCCGUUGCUCCACGGAAGGUACGGGCUAUAAGCCAUCGUCUAACGCGGACUAUUAGCAAAUCCGUACCACGUUCAGCCCCGGAUGCCUACAUCUUAUCCGCAGUUCGUACUCCAACCGGAAAGGUAUGGCAUAUGACCUGAGGAUUUACACCCAUAAAAACUGACAACCCACAGUUUCAGGGAGGAUUCAAAGACGUCCCUGCUCCGCAACUGGGAUCCUACGCUGUUAAAGAAGCCGUCUCCCGGGCAGGUGUCCCACCUGCAGAGAUUACCGAUGUCUACUUUGGCAAUGUUUUGCAAGCCUCUGUUGGCCAAGCUCCGGCAAGACAGGUCGUCUUAUUUGCCGGCCUAUCGGAGACGACUGAAGCAAUUACUAUAAACAAGGUUUGUGCUUCGGGGCUUAAGAGUGUUACACUUGCUGCACAGAAUAUCCAGUUGGGUCAUGCAAAGUUACAGGUUGCUGGAGGUAUGGAGAAUAUGAGCCAAGUUCCAUAUUAUUAUCCUCGAAGUACCCCUUCAUUUGGCCAUGUUACAGUUCAGGAUGGCUUGAUCAAAGAUGGGCUCUGGGAUGUAUACGAUCAGAUUCAGUAAGUACUGGGUGGCUGGUCCAGCAAUGAAGGGAAUUGGGCUAAAGGGGCAAUCUAGCAUGGGGAACUGCGCGGAGAAAACUGCUAAAAACCUUUCCAUCUCGAGAGAGGAGCAGGACGCAUAUGCAGUCGAGUCUUACCGCCGGGCAAAGAGAGCCUGGGAUUCCGGAGCCUUUGCGGGAGAGGUCACUCCUGUCGCCGUCAAAACAAGAAAGGGGGAUGUGAUUGUUUCGAAAGACGAGGAAUAUGAAGAAGUAAAGUUGGACAAAAUCCCCACUCUUAGGCCCGCAUUCCAGAGAGAAGGAGGUACAAUAACGGCGGCAAACGCGAGCACAUUUAGCGAUGGAGCAAGUGCCAUUGUGAUUGGGGAUAAGUCUAUAGCGCAGAACUACGGGGGAAAUAGUAGAGUGCUUGCGAGAAUAGUUAGCUAUGCCGAUGCUGCCACAAAGCCUGUUGACUUCCCCUUAGCGCCCACCCUUGCUAUUCCAAAGGCCCUAGAGAGAGCUGGUUUGGGAGUUAAGGACAUUGCAAAAUGGGAGAUCAAUGAAGCGUUUGCUGCUGUUAGCAAGGCUAAUGAGAAGGCACGUGCAACUCAACUUCGUCACGCGAGCACCAGCGGUUUUCGUUUGUAAAGCUGAUUUAGUAAACAGGUUCUCGGCCUUGAUCCUACCAAGGUCAAUGUGAAAGGAGGGGCGAUCAGUUUAGGACAUGCAUUGGGCUCAUCAGGAUCCAGGAUUCUGACGACAUUGCUAUACAUUCUCGAACCCGGAGAGUACGGUGUGGCGGCAAUUUGCAAUGGUGGAGGUGGGGCGACUGCGGUAGUUGUUCAACGGAUUGAGAGUGUAAAGUAACUAAUGGUGAUUGAGUGCCGUAAGGACAUUGCGGGAAUAUUGUGUUGGCACACUUUGGGGAAUCCAGACGGAAUGUUCCUAUAGUUUGACAACUAUCGGGAACUGGGCGUAUUCAAAUGUCUGGGCGGCCGGUGGGUGACGGUAUCUAUCUUGCAAGAAACAGUGGAGUAACCGGAAAUUGUGAAAUGGAGCGACAAAAGGAACGAAUAACCCCUCUAUCCCAAGUACUGUAUUGUACUUGUACAGGCCUUCAGGGUGGGAAGGAAGUCUCGAGAGUGUCUUCUGUUCCAGGUUUGCAGGAUUAAAUGCUCUGAGUCCCUGCGCAGAAAACUGGCACCGCACAAAACUUCUAGGGUGCCAGUAAUCGCGAAAUGAGUUGGCAGAAGUUAUCUGAAAUGGUCAGAGGGAUGUGAAAAAAGGAAAAGUGUGAGUAAGGUUUUGGAGUGCCAGGAAUUGUACAGUAAGAGC